AGGAUUUCACCAUGUUGCCCAGGGUGGUCUAGAACUUCUGAUCUCAAGUGAUCUGCCUGCCUCAGCCUCCCAAAGUGCUGGGAUUACAGGCAUCUACAGUUAUUCUUGAGAAUUAUGAACAAAAAAGAAGGGGAGAACUAGGUCAGUUCAAGGCCACUGGGAGAACUGUCCUGUACUACCUGACUCUGAAGCCCAUGAUGUUUCUGCUUUGUGGGACAGUUCUUCAGAUGCCUGCUUCCCUGGCGCUCUGUCUCCUGCACACACCAUCUGACUGUCCUCCCAGCAUGUACACCUCCCGAUGCUUGGGUUGGCCUGACCCACAGCAGUCUACUCUCCCGCCCCUGGGAAUUUCGGCUCCUCCAAGAUCUAGCGCAUUGCCCUGGUGGUGGCUCAUGCCUGUAAUCCUAGCUACUCUGGAUCCUGAGGCAGGAGGAUCGCUUGAGGUCAGGAGUUCAAGAUCUCCCUCCCCUCCCCCAAAUAUUUUUAAAUGAAAUUAAAAGAAAGAUCCAGCCCAAGUGCCUCUUCUCCCCCACUGACUCCCACACUCUUGUAACAGAUGACCUCACAACAGCACUAAGCGAACGGCUCUGGUGUCCAGCAGGCACGGUAUUAAUACGCCUUUCCUCUCUCCUGUCAGACUGCAACCUGGCUUUAUGCACCUGGAUGUCCUCAGUACGUAGUUCUGAGGCAGGCACAUAAAAUGUCAAGGAAUUGACUGAACGAACUAAGAGCUCCUGGAUGGGUCCGGGAACUCGCCCGGGCACAGGGUGCCAAAAGGCAGUCAAGCCCCUCCCGCGGCCUGGGGAAGAACCGACAGGGGGCCGCGGUGAGCGCCCGGGCGCCCGGCAGGUGGCGCCGCAGACCCGGGCCGGGCCCUCUUGGAGCACUGUCACGCAGCCCCUCUUCCUUCCGCCGCGGCGGCACCAGAGUCCGGCCCCGCGCUCACCGCGGGCCCUGCGCUCGUCUCCUGCUCGGGUCCCUGCCCGGCGCCGCGCUGGGCUCCAUGGCGCUCCCCGGAACCCGGUCCCGGGGCUGGGCGGCAGCAGCCAGAGCGGCCCAGAGGCGCCGCCGCAUGGAGGGAGCGGGAGGGUACCGGAGUCCUGAGCCUGCGGGCCGGCGCGCGGCGCUUUACAUACACUGGCCGUACUGCGAGAAGCGCUGCAGUUACUGCAACUUCAACAAGUACAUCCCUCGAGGCAUGGAGGAGGCGGCCAUGCAGAAGUGUCUGGUGACCGAAGCGCAGACACUGCUGCGGCUCAGCGGGGUGCAACGGGUGGAGUCUGUGUUCUUUGGUGGGGGGACCCCCAGUCUAGCCAGUCCCCACACAGUGGCUGCUGUCCUGGAGGCUGUGGCACAGACAGCCCACCUGCCUGCAGACUCGGAAGUCACAUUGGAGGCUAAUCCCACUUCAGCUCCAGUCUCCAGGCUGGCGGAGUUCGGGGCAGCAGGGGUCAACAGGUUGUCCAUAGGCCUCCAGUCCCUAGACGACACUGAGCUCCGGCUGCUGGGACGGACGCACUCGGCCCGCGAUGCUCUGCGAACGCUGGCAGAGGCCAGGUGGCUGUUUCCCGGGCGCGUUUCCGUGGACUUGAUGCUGGGGCUGCCGGCCCAGCAGGUGGGACCGUGGCUUGGGCAGCUGCAGGAACUGCUGCACCACUGUGACGACCACCUCUCCCUCUACCAGCUGUCCCUGGAGCGGGGCACAGCCCUUUUCGCCCAGGUACAGCAGGGCGCGCUUCCAGCCCCUGACCCAGAGCUCGCGGCUGAGAUGUACGAAAGGGGCCGGGCCGCCCUUCGGGAGGCUGGCUUCCGCCAGUAUGAGGUCUCCAACUUUGCCCGGAAUGGGGCGCUCAGUACACACAAUUGGACUUACUGGCAGUGUGGUCAGUACCUUGGCAUUGGGCCUGGGGCCCAUGGGCGAUUUAUGCCCCAGGGGGCCGGAGGCCACACCCGGGAGGCUCGGAUCCAGACACUGGAGCCUGACAACUGGAUGAAGGAGGUGAUGCGGUUUGGCCAUGGCACCCGGAAGCGUGUGCCCCUGGGCAGGCUGGAGCUGCUGGAGGAAGUUUUGGCCCUGGGGCUACGCACUGAUGUGGGGAUCACUCACCAGCACUGGGAGCAGUUUGAGCCCCAGCUGACCCUAUGGGACGUGUUUGGAGCGAACAAGGAGGUACAGGAGCUGCUGGAGCGGGGCCUACUGCAGCUGGAUCACAGGGGUCUUCGGUGUUCCUGGGAGGGUCUGGCUGUGCUGGACUCUCUCUUGCUGACCCUCCUGCCUCAGCUACAAGAGGCCUGGCAGCAGAGAACCCCCUCCCCUGUGCCAGGAGGAUGACCAGAUGUUCCUGUGUUCCAGGGUGACGCCAGGUGGGCUUUGAGGACUGGGUUGGCCCUGCAGACAUCUCUUCUCCAUUGUUGGGGGCUGUCUCGGCUCCAUGUGGCCAUUGCCCAGCCCUGGCAUCCCCAGGGGAAUGGCAGCAGUGAGGUAGAUGGGAGGACAUUUCUGGUCUGGGAGCUUGCAUCCCAUUCAGCAUCUCCGGACUCGCAGGCUGGCAUGUGUUCCAUGGCUGGGAGUUGCUUUCCACCCAUGUCAGCUUCUGUUUACCUUUGGCAUCAACGAAUGAAGUGUUUGGAAAUCUUUCUACAGGCAGUUACCUCCCGAGGAGAAGCCUUCCUUACUUUGAAGUAAGGUCCUAAGACAGCUGGAUGAAUCAGGAAAACCAUGUCCCCUCUAGGUAGUAUUAAUAUAAGCAGGAAGGAUCUACUGUAGGAAUGAAGCAUUUAUAAAACCAUUGAAAGGGACAGAGAAAUGAACAUUGGAGAAAGCCAGCAGCAACUGUCAGAAAUCAGCAACGUGCAGGAGGCACAGAAAACUCCUGCUGAUGGUCUCAGCUUCCAGCGGCACAAAAGCAGAUGAUGUACAGGAAAAUGCUCAGAAGAUGCUACAGAACCUCAUGCCUACUGCCUGCCAUGGCUGGAAAAGGAAUCGUCAUUUCUAGAAGUAUCUCUCAUUAGUGGACUUUAAAGCAAAUCCUGGCUGGCAGGAAAUGCUGAGGAAUAUAGUUCUUAGGCUUCGAACCUCGCCCAUAAGGGAGAGAACAUAGAAGGACUGAUGCAUGCUGGUGGAUCCAUGUGUGUCCAGCACAGAGGCCUGCUGGACUCUGAGGACUGGGAAAGAUCAGAGCAAGCCUUGCCUCUUAUCUUUGGGCAACCGGAAUCUGUUUGGGGUGACAGGAGCCACACAGACUCUCCUGAGUCCCCUCACCCACUCCCUUCCCCCUGUGUCUUUCCCUCGAGAGUGAAGGCGGAUGGAGUUGACCAGAGAAAGGGGAGAGAAUUCAGGAAAGACCCAAAGUGUUUGUAAUUCUUCUUUGUCCUUUUACCUACAGAAAUGGUUACACGGUUCUACUUAAAUAGCCUAAUAAACACAUCUGGAGCCUG